CAUUUCUUCCGUCUUAUCUCAUUCCAGAAUAUUGGCAAACAACCCCAUGAUCCCGAAUGGAUUCAGCAAGAGCACCUGCAACGAAUACAACCACGAACGACACAUACAAGAACUCCAAAAUCAAAUCAAUGCUCAAUUUUCCAGCAAAUGCGAAAAAUGCUCUGCUACCCUUCCUACCCUACCUCCAAGUACAGAAUCCGUAUGGCGUGUCGCCCGUUUGGGACAAUGCCACGGCUCAUCUGGCCCAGAUGACUGCAGCCAUACAAAAUGACAAAGAACAACAUCAACCCACCGUUUCAGCCACAUCAUCACCAUCCCAAUCAUCCGAUCCGGAUGCUCCACUCAAUCUAACCAAACCAAAACUGUCGCCGAUUAGUUCACCGCAUCAGCAUCCGCAUAAUCAUCAAUACCAGCAAUCGCCGACAAUGGCAACCAGUAGUGUUACGAGUACGGCCAAUCAACCGCCACCUCCAUCUAUAUCGGUGAGCAGUGCGAAUUCCGGACAUGGUCAUCGAAAUGCUAGUAGUCCUUCGACAGUAGCCGCAUCGUUACGAUUCAUGCCGUAUUCGAAUAUGACCGCAGCGGCAAUAGGUCACAAAUCUCAUCCAUUUGGCAUGGACGAACCGGAUAUGAUGCCAAACGCUCUGCAUUGGGUGAAUGCACACAAUACACACAGUACGCACAAUAACACCGGCAAGGUACCACAAAUGGAUGACGACAAGGUGCGACUAGUUCGGCAAGCCCGAUCGAAUCGAAGUGAUCCAAGUGGUGGCAAUGCUCCAGAUUGUCGUAGUUUGGGCGAACGAGGUGGAGGAGCAUCAUCUGGUAUGUCCGAGUCGGGGAAACCCCAUAUCAAACGACCAAUGAAUGCUUUCAUGGUCUGGGCUAAGGACGAACGAAGAAAAAUUUUGAAGGCUUGCCCAGACAUGCACAACUCGAAUAUUUCAAAGAUAUUGGGCGCCCGCUGGAAGGCAAUGUCUAAUUCGGAGAAACAACCGUACUACGAAGAACAGUCCAGACUGUCGAAGCUGCACAUGGAACAGCAUCCAGACUAUCGUUAUCGACCGAGACCAAAGCGAACGUGGCAUCGUCCGACCGGCAAGAAGAUGCGCAUUUCCGAGUAUAAAAUGUUGAUGCGAAACCGUCGAGCCGAGAUGCGACAACUGUGGUGCCGCGAUGGAGGGGAGAAUGUUGCCUAUUUGAAUGAUAUGUCGUCUCCGUCAACGUCGGCAUUGGGUAUGCGUCCCGGAACGCCAUCGAAUGGAGGACCAAUGAGUGGCUAUUAUCCACCGGACAGUUUAUCACCUUCCGGAUUUUUCGUCGGAAGGAAAUGCGGCCAGUUUCGAUUCGCGAGACGAUGACUGAGAUGAACUUCCCAGAUGGCCUCCACCAUCAUUUAUGUCGGCUAAUAUGACCUUUUGGUAGACCGAUACCGAAAGUUGAUUUUUGUGUUACGUGAACGGUGUGUCUAACACGCAUAAUUGAACAAAGUCGUACCGAGACAAUGAAUUUAAUAAAAUGGAUUGCAUUUCGAACAAGUUGCAACGGAUGGACAGAUAGCUAUUUGUGUUGGCUGUAAUGAUAUUGUAUGUACGCGAUUGAUAGCACACACGAGGCUUGUGAUAAUAUUUAUUCAUUUUUUUUUGUUUGUUUGUUUAUGUUAUUUCUGUUGUGUAAAUUUAAGUCAAGUCGAAAUGAAUUUCGUUUCUCGUUAAAAGUUGGAAACAAUGCAAACGCAUCGUAACCUCUCCAUAAACUGUAUGCCAUUUCAAUGCCAAUAUGUGUAAACGAUGAUCGACUUUUCGGAAGAGAAAAAAAUAUUUAUUUUUCGCGUAAUCGUACAAAUAUCUUGCCAUGACCCCGAGACAGAUUGCCAUACAACAUACUGUAACCCGUAUACCAUAUUAUUUACCAACAAAAUACAAGGAAAAAGAAGAAGAAACUUUCGGUGCCAUAGAACCAAUUUGUUGAUUGUGCAGACCAAUUCUUAAGGUAACUUUGAUUCUUAGAGAAUUUUGAAAUUAUUUCGAUUUCGUUGC